AUGGCCCAGCAAUUAAAGCCCGCCUGGGGAGUCUCGUCGCGAUUUCCCACCAUUAUUCGCUUUAGGUCGCUCGUCGUCAUAGCCUGCUCUCUCGCCUUGGUCCUGUUCGCCUCGUUUUUCGUGAUCGAUUUCAAGAACAAAAACUAUCAGCUGCAGCUCCAACUGCAUCAAUUAUUCCGAAACAACCACUUUUUUGAAAAACCGUGCUAUGCGCCUUCACAUUCGGCCACCGACUUGCUGCAAGACGGGACGUGGCAGCAUGAGGUGCCCGCCAAAUGGCAAUUUUCUGCUAGUCGUGAUGCGAACAAUUACGGAUUGAGCUCGGAGCAGUGCCUGGCUGCAUUUCCUAAAUUAUUUACAGAAAUCGAUAAAAGCGUGAAGCUGCGGAAGGAAACAAAAAACCCGAUUACUUUUGACGAAAUCAAUGCACGCAAGACGCUGGGGCAGGGAAUGGGCCGGGCGAUGAUUUACCAAGGAGAGUUGUAUAUCAUCGACUACGGCGACAUGACCUAUACCGCCACCCGAGCCAAAUCGACCCUCCACUCCCUUCAUCGUGCGCUCGUAUCGAUGACCGAUAACGAAUCCUUACCAUCAAUUGAGUUCCAUUUCUCUGCCGACGACUUUGUCUGGGAUAGCCUCAAGGCUGAAGGCGGCCCAGUGUGGUCGUAUUCCAAACGCAACACCGCUGAUAUUGACGAAGGCGACAUCGACGAUAACAAUAUAUGGCUGAUGCCCGAUUUCGGAUAUUGGGCAUGGCCCGAAGUCAACAUCGCACCCUAUCGUGAAGCCCGACGACGAAUUGCCACAGUCGAUGCCCAGUUUGACGACUUUCAGACCAAAAAGAAGCAGCUCGUAUGGCGGGGCGCUAUGAACACAGGAGCCGAACUGCGUGAACAGCUGCUGGAGGCAACCAGGAACAAAUACUGGGCUUCUGUACGGGCGGUGGACUGGACUAAUGAACAAAGCAUUGCCGACAACAUGCUUCCCAUCGAAGACCACUGCCGGUACAUGUUUCUCGCGCACACCGAGGGACGGUCGUUCUCCGGCCGGGGCAAAUACCUUCUCAACUGCCGCUCCGUUUUCAUUUCGCACACGCUGCUUUGGCACGAGGCUCACCAUGCCGCGCUGCUCUCAUCCGGCCCGGACGCAAACUACGUUGAAGUGAAACGCGAUUUUUCUGACCUCGAACAGAAGAUCGAGUUUCUCCUCGACCACCCAGACGUCGCCGAGCGUAUUGCCAAUAACUCAGUCAAGACAUUCCGCGAUAGAUACCUCACCCCGGCGGCCGAGGCGUGCUACUGGCGAUACUUGAUACGGAAAUGGGGCGAGGUCUGCGACUUUGAGCCCAGGCUAUACGAUGGGAAAACAAACAAGCUCCGGGGCCAGCCAUACGAAGAGUGGCUUUUGAGCGCACACUAG